AUGUUUACCUGGGUUGAGUUUGAGGGGAAUGUAGAUGCGGCUGGAAUAGUGAGUGAGGAAGGGGGGUCUGACCAUAACAUAGGGGGUGAGCAAGAUACUGAAGAUGGGAUUGAAGUUGAGGCAGAUUCAGGAUUUGAGAGUGAUUAUUACAGUGAGAAUGAGACAGAUAUUAGCAUUGGGAGUGAACAUAUAACUAGUGGCAGUGAACAUUUAAGUAGUGACAGUGAGCAGAGAACAGUUUGUGGCAGUAAGGACAAGAGCAAAAGGAAAGUAAGGGUAGAUGAGGAACCUAUUCCACAGUCUGUGCCAGUAGGUGAAAAUCCUUUAGAAGAUGAUGCAGAUUCUCAAUAUUAUGAUUCACAAGAUCCACCAACAGCUGAAGAGGCUUUGGAGAAUGAAGAAGGGGAUGAGGUGCAAUCAAAAUACAAUUCUAAGUACCCAAGGUAUAACCCUAAAGCUGAUCCACCAAUUCUUGAACUUGGGUGGGAAGAGAGAACUAAGUGUUUUCAAGUUAAAGCAAUUAUGUUAGACCAUAAAUGUAACACCCAAUUCACCUUAGGGAUAGUUAGUCAAAAGUGGUUGGAAUGGAAAUUUGAAGAAAAGGUGAGGCAAAAUCCAACCAUUGGAUAUUCUGAGUUGAGCAGAGACAUAAAAUCUGAGUUUAAUAUCAAUGUGACUGUUAGCAUGUGUAGAAGGGCAAUUACUGGGAUUCUAAAAAAGCUAGAUAUUGGUUAUGAGAGUCAGUUCAAGAGGCUAAGGGAUUAUGCUCAGGAGUGCUUGAAUUCAAAUCCAGGAUCUACUGUUAAGAUUAAAACCAAUAGAACUGUGGAAAAUUGUCCAAUAGUGUUUGAGAGGAUUUAUGUUUGUUUUUCUGCAAUGAAGAAGGGUUUCUUAGGGGGUUGUAGGAGGUUUAUUGGAUUAGAUGGCUGCUUUUUGAAAGGGAAAUUGAAGGGUGAAAUUCUAAGUGCUGUGGGUAGAGAUGUCAAUAAUCAGAUGUACCCAAUAGCAUGGGCUGUAGUGGAGAUUGAAAACAGCUCUUCAUGGAGGUGGUUUCUUGAAUUUCUGAAGUCAGACUUAGAGAUUGUGGAUGCUAGUCAAUGGACUGUAAUGAGUGAUCAGCAAAAGGGGUUAUCAAGCAUCAUACAAGAGGUAUUCCCUGGUGUGGAGCAUAGAAACUGUGCAAGACAUGUGCAUGCCAACUGGAGUAAGAGUCACAGGGGUAAGGUUCUCAAGGGUCUUUUCUGGCAGAUUGCAAAGACUCCCAAUCAAGCAUUGCUUGCAGAUAGGCUGAAAGGUUUAGAGAAGGUGGAUGCUGCAGCACUACAAGAUUUGAACAAGUAUCCAAUGCAAUUCUGGUGCAAAACAUUUUUCAAGGAAGAAAUUAAAUGUGAUUUGGUUGACAACAAUUUGAAUGAGGCAUUCAACAAGACCUUGUUGAAUGCAAGGAGUAAGAAUAUUAUUCCAAUGCUAGAAGACAUAAGAGUUGCAGUCAUGAAGAGGAUUGCCAAGAAGAGAUCACUUGCUGAAAGGUGGACUGGGAAUAAUUGUCCAAAUGUGAUUAAGAAGUUGAAUGAAAACAUCAUUGGAAGUGCAGAUUGGGAAGUUGUGUUCAAUGGAGCUGAUGGAUAUGAGGUGAAAAAGGGCAGAUUUCAGUUCAAGAUAAAUUUGGAGUUGCAAUCAUGUUCUUGUAGACAGUGGCAGUUGACUGGUUUGCCAUGUCCUCAUUCAAUUUGUGCCAUAUUUCACAAGGGGCACCAGCUUGAUCAGUAUAUCCAUGAGUGGUAUAGCAAGGAGAUGUAUAUGAAAACCUAUGACCAUGUAAUACAACCAAUGAAUGGAGAACAAUUUUGGCCCAGAACUUCAGGAGAUGAGAUACAUGCUCCAAUUCCAAGGAAGAUGACUAGCAGGCCCAAGAAAAAGAGAAAGUUGGAAGAUGAUGAAAAGAAUAAGGACAAAAACAAAUUAAGUGUAGAGGUUCGUAAGCUGUCAAGGAAAUGA